GAUUCCCAACAUGAUCCCGCAGGCCGCGAGGUCCACGCUUCAGGCUGGGAAGCAAGAGGAGGCGCCGCCGCCGCCGCCGCAGCGCUAGGUCGUCCUUCCCUAGAAAAGAGCACGGCGGCGACUCACUGGGAGAGGACGGAAACCGAAGAUGUUCGCGUCUCUGCCCACCUUGACUGUGCUUGUGCCUCUGAUUUCUCUAGCAGGGCUGUUCUACUCCGCCUCGGUGGAAGACGACUUCCCGCACGGCUGCACUAGCGCGACCAGCCUGUGCUUUUACAGUCUGCUCCUGCCCGUGACCAUACCCGUGUAUGUGUUCUUCCACCUCUGGACUUGGAUGGGCAUUAAGCUCUUCAGGCACAACUAGUGGGCGCCCGCUCAACGUGGACUAUAGGCUAGUAAAGAGGACUUAAGCAUUGGCCCGUGAAAAUUCAAAAUAGAUGCAAACCCACUUUUUUUGCAAGAAAAACUGCUUUGCCCUCCUCUGAUGCCGAAUUCCAGCUGCUGCGUUCGGAAGAGAGAUUUUCUACGACACGCCCAGUCAUCAUCAGAGGACUGUUUCUUAACCCGUUCACUUAAACGUUAGUAAUUUGGAAUUUUGUUUGUUUGGGUUCAUGGUAAACCCACACAUAUUAGGAAUGACGCAGUCUCAGUGGAGCUAUGGCAUGUUGGAGUAAUUGUAGGGAAAUGCAUUCCAACUAGUGUGAUAAAUUAGAAACUGGAAAUUUCUGAUACGUUUUUCUAAAAUUCUGAGUUUGUAAAAUUACUUUCAUUUCUUUGGCAUCAGAUGCUUAUGUUAAUAAUAAAGUAAGAUGUUUACAGUUUCCCCACAAAAAAGCCCAGUUUGUUUAUUGUUUUGUUCCGUCUCGGUGUGAUAUCAAGGGAAAAUGUAGAAAUAUUUUCAAUAAGUGCAUGCUAUCUUUACAAAGGCUCAAUGCUAAAUACCCAAAAUUCCCAUGAAAAAAAAAGAUACUUUUGAUGGGUAAAGGUAGGGAUGGGAAGCUAAUUAUGUCCUGUAGAAUUUAGAGCUGAGCCUGAUUAUGUCUUGUUGAAUUUAUUAUUUAAGUCAUUCUUGCAGUUUUUCCUGUCUUGGGAAUUCUGGUUAGCCCUGCAAAGGGCCUUGAUUUUUCUAGGCCCCUUAACAGAACUGAUUGAAGAUGGUACAAGAACUACUUUAGAAGCAUGAGUGCUUCAAUAAUUAACCUGAAAGAAACAUAUCGGUUGUAAAUGUGACUUCAUAUACACACAGGAGACACCUGUGCUAGGGCUCUACCCCAGGGCCUGGUGCAUGCCAGGUUCCAACCACUGAGCUCUAUCCCCAGCCCCCAGCUCAUCCUUAGCUUCCUAACGUCGUUUAAUCAAAGAUUUAGACAGUGCUUCUGUCAUCAGAAAAUUAAAACAUGUUGGAUGGGUUCUAUCAGUGCAUUAAGUUUAAACAUCUUCAUGUUAUCCAAUGGCAAUAUGUCAAUAAACUAGAGGUUCCCCAGUCA